AUGGUUCUCUACAAGGAAAUCACGAAAGAGAAGUAUGUUUGCGAGCGAACAAGUCGAAAUAACGAACAACAACAACAACAGCUACAGCAGCAACAACGAACUCGUCUUGAUAGUGGCAUAAUGGUAGCGAAUAACGGAACAACAACAAUCAAUGGAAACGUGAGCAGUGGACAUAUGAUUACAUUAAAUGUCCAUGUUCCACGAGAUAAAAUUGUUCAGCCGAUGCAAUUCGAUGUUCAAAUGUUAAUUGGUGAUAUAUGUCGAAGUAUUCAAGGACAUUUGCCGAUAACAUAUGAUCAUGAUUUAUCGGAAUAUGGACUUUUUCUUAAUGAUGGGCUUCAUAUAUCGAGAAGCUAUUGGCUUGACCCAGCGAGAACAAUGAGUUACUAUGGAUUAAAAUCAGGAGACAAUGUUGAAUUCAAAAACAAAUUUCGAUCAUUGAAAAUCCGUUUAUUAGAUGGUGCUGUUCGGACCAUGCAGGUCGAUGAUUCAUUAAUAGUGGCACAACUAAUGGUUUAUAUCUGUAUGAAAUUCGGGAUCGCGAAUUAUGACGAAUAUUCUCUUGUUUACGAUCAUGAUGCUGACGACGGUAAUGGUAGCACAAAAACAGCGACUCUACGUCGAGAUCGAUCUGUUCAACGAACGGAUAAAAAAAUGGAAGAAUUAAAGAAAAAAUGCCAUACAGAUGACGACACUCUAUGGCUUGACCAUUCGAAAACCUUACGUCAACAAGAUAUUGAUGAGCAAUCGAUCGUUGUUCUACGACGAAAAUACUUCUUUUCUGAUACAAAUAUUGAUCAACGCGACCCCGUCCAAUUGGACUUACUUUACAUUCAAUGCCGGAACGGCAUUCUCGACGGUACACAUCCUGUAACAUAUGAAGAAGCCGUACAGUUCGCUGGUUUACAAAGUCAAAUACAAUUUGGUAAUUACCAAGAAUCAAAACAUAAACCAAAUGUUCUUGAGAUUCGAGAAUUCUUACCGAAAGAAUAUACGAAAACUAAAGGUGUGGAGAAACGAAUCUUCCAGGAGCAUAGAAAGCUGCAUGAUCUACCUGAACUUGAUGCAAAAUUAAAAUACACACAAUUGUGUCGGUCACUACGAACAUAUGGUGUCACUUUUUUUCUUGUCAAAGAAAAAAUGUCGGGAAAAAACAAACUUGUACCACGUUUACUUGGCGUUACCAAAGAAUCCAUUGUUCGAGUUGAUGAACGUACAAAAGAAUUUCUUGAAAUCUGGCCGUUGACACAUGUUAAACGAUGGACAGCAUCAGCAAAUACUUUUACACUUGAUUUUGGAGAUUAUGCUACUGCUUAUUAUUCUGUACAAACAAAUGAAGGUCAACAAAUCUCACAAUUGAUUGCAGGAUAUAUUGAUAUUAUUCUUAAAAAGAGAAAAGAUCUAGGCUUCUCAAUUCGAGAUGGUAUCAACGAUGAAGAAGCGACAAUAAUUGAGGAUAUCAUUACACCUGGAAGAGCAACCAUCAUUCAACCGAAUGUUCAUCUAUAUGGUUUUCCUUAUCAACAAAAUAUCUAUUCACCUCCGCUAGUUCACGGAGCAUACGCUGAUAUUCCCGUUCAUCGUCCUUAUGGAUACUAUGUACCUGAAUAUUAUCCUGGUCCACUCUAUCCGAUGUAUCCCGAUCAGGAAUAUGAGGAUUACUUUGUUUCACAGAUACAUGAACAAGCACCUUUAUCAUCCAUCUUACACGGUGGCAGUGGCGGCACAGUGCUCUUUUCUUCGAUUGAAAAUGCACGAAAUGCUGUUAGUUAUGCACAAUCACAGUUAGCACGUGAUUUACAAAUGGAAUAUAGUCACCAAGGAACAUCUUCCACAAUGGAUAAUCAGCAGGAAUAUUCUAUGCAGGAUCGUCUCGAUGUCAGUCAACAACUACUCACAAGUGAAUUAUCAGCCAUAAAUGCAUCGACGGCUCAAAUUGUUAUCCUAACAUCGGAUAUUCAUAAUAAUCAACAACUAAAUCGUCGAAAUUCAGAAUAUAAUCAUUCAUUGGGCGCUGCUAUUUCGACAAUAACAAACAAUCUCAAUGAAUUCUGUAAAGAAAUGGAUGUAUACACAAACUUAAUCAAUGAUAAGACUAAUCUGACGGAUCAAACAAGUCGACUAUGUUCAACGUUUAAUGAUUUAUUAACACAUAUCGAAGCGUUAUCGGAUAACAACACAGACUCAUCUAUUCGACAGAAUAUUCUCGUCACUGCAAGUCGUGUAGGAGAAAUAAGUCAAGACCUUAUUCGACGUUUAGCCAGUGAAAUAACAGCCAACCCGUUCGAUUCUUCGAUCGAAUAUCAAGAUAAGCUAUUAGCGUUAGCUAAAGCUGUUGCGAACACAACAGCGGCGUACGUAUUAAAGGCCAAAGAGAUCGCCACUAAUGUUAAAGCACAAGAAAAUAUCAAUGAAAUCAUAUCAACAGCAACACAAUGCGCUUUAGCAACAUCACAAUUAGUUGCUUGUACUAAAGUUGUUGCAGCCACAAUUUCCAGUCCUCUUUGUCAAGAACAAUUAAUUGAAUCAGCUCGUUGUGUUACGCGAUCCAUCGAAGCGGUUCUUCAGUCCUGUCAGCCUCCAAUCACGACUGAACAAUUGCAAUCAGAACUAACCGAAGCUGGUUUAACCAUUCGCAAAAGUCUCAACGACUUCCUAUUACAUAUCAAAUUAGUUACAGACAGCCUAGCAGAUAAUUCUGAUGGUUAUUAUUCAUUUUCGAGCAAUGGUAAGAAACAUGUGGAUAUUGAUAAACAAACGACUAUGACAACAACAAUCUCACGUCGCACACUUGCAAAUGAUGAGAUCGAAGAAGAAGAUGAAGAGCAAGAUGAAGAAAUCCUUCUCACAAAGAAAUUUCACGAUCAAUCGAUUGAUCAAAUAUUGACGGCAAGCGAUCGAUUAUUUUCUUCCGUUGGCGAUGCUGUAGAAAUGGUGAAGCAAGCGAAGAUCUUAGCGCAGGCUACGGCACAACUCGUUUCAUCCUUACGACAACAAGCUGAGUCGGCUGGUGAUGAUACCGAGCAGCAGAAUAAACUAUUAUCAGCCGCCAAAAUGCUCGCCGAUGCCACAGCGAAAAUGGUCGAUUCGGCUAAAAGUUGUGCUGCAAAACCGAAUGAUACACAAUUACAAUACGAACUAAAACGAACAGCAGAAGAACUACGAUCAGCAACAAAUAUUGCAACGAGCAAUAGUAUCAAACGAAAAAUACUCAAACGUGUCGAACAAUGUGCACGACAUUGUGCAUCAUGUGCAACACAAUGUAUUGCUGCAACAUCAGGUUCGGCCAUGACGAACAAAAAUCAACAAUCGCACCAACAACUCGUUGAACAAUGCAAAACAGUUGCUGAUCUCAUACCUAAAGUUGUACAAGGUAUUCGCGGUUGUAUGGUUAAGCCAGAUUCAUUCUCAUCUCAAGCCAAUCUGUUGAACGCAUGCGCAGAUUUUCUCGGACCAGCCACACGCUUAGCCAAUUUAGCGAAAGCGUCUGUGCCAACUGUGAAUGAUCAAUCGCAAGCUCUACAUUUAAAUAAUAGUUCCAAACAAUUAACUCAAGCGUUGAUCGAUCUUCGUACUUAUCUGAAUAGAGCACAAGAAUUAUGUGGUACAGUGCCACUUGAUGUCGACUCAGUUGUAGAAUCGAUUGAAAUGCUUGAUAAAGAAUUACACGAGGUUAAACGACAAGCUAAAGAUGGACAUUUAAGAGCAAAAGCUGAUGAAACAAUUGAUACAUCAUCGGCACAAUUAUGUUCUGUUUGCAAACAGGUGCAUACAAUCGUCUCUCAACUUCUCAGUGCUGCCACUCAAAGUGACGAAAAAACGGUUGAAACAUGCACACGCGAAAUACUUCAGUCUCUACGAAAACUAACCAAUUCGACUCGCGGUAUUGCUGCUACAUCAAAAGAUCAUCAAAUUCAAGAAUCGAUCAUCGAGCGAUCGCAUGAAGUCCUUCAACGUUCAAGCAAUCUUGUUCGUGAAGCUAAAAAAGCCAUUCAUACACCGGAUGAUCUCGAAAUACAAAACAAACUCGCUGAAAUCGCUCGUGAAGUUUCAUCGGCACUGGAUGCUUGCAUAGCAGCCAUGCCGUCGCAACGCUAUCUCGAUGAAGCAAUUAAACAAAUGUCUCAAUAUGUUUACACGUUAGCCGGUCCAUUUGAACGAAUAACCACACCUUCGACAAAAGUGUUCGAAGACAAACAGAAUGAGGUGAAUCGUGCAGCCGCCAAUUUGAAUCAAGCGACGACUGAUUUAGUUCUUAGUACACGUGCUAGUUCGACACAGGAAUUAGGAAAGACAUCAACGAAUUUCACUCGUGCAUUCGGAGAUUUUAUAAAUAACGGUAUUGAAUUAGUUAAACAUCAGCGUGAAGAUGACAAACGAGCGAAUUUGAUAACAUCAUUGAAAACUGUUCAUACAUCGUCGAAUCAAUUAUUAGAAAAGGCUAAAACAGUAUCACUGGAUCCUCAACCAACUACCGCAACUAGUGAAGCUAAACAACAGCUAGCAAAUGCUGCACGAGUUGUAACUGACAGUAUCAAUCAUGUGAUAACUGUCUGUGUGACAUCGAAGUCAGCAUCAGAGACGACAAUCGGUCGUUCAGAAUGCGAAAAUGCUAUCCGAGAAAUGGAAACGUCGAAAACAUGUUUACAACAACCAGUUUUACAACCAUGCAACCAACAUACAUAUUAUGAAGCAUUAGAUCACGUUGUCGAUAAUUCUAAACGAUUAGGUGAAGCUAUGACACACAUUGCCAGUGCAUCUAAAAAUAGCAACCAUCAGUUAUUUACACAAGCUGUGCAAGAUGCAUCAGCCGCCGUUUGUCGUUUAGCGGAGUCAUCUGCACAAGCGAGUUACCUCAUUGGUGUUUCCGAAAUAAGUUCAUCCGUUGGAACUGCGCCAGUUGUCGAUCAGCCAUUAUUCACGCAAUCGGUCACAGCUAUUCGUCAUGCUUGCUCAGAUUUAGCGAAUCCAACUAUUGAUCGAAAAGAGGCAAGUUUAAUUUUUCCGCUCUUAAAAAUCCCAAUUUUACAAUUAGCAACAACUAUUGCGAAGAACACAUCGCUUUUGUGCAAUGCAGCUCGUGGUGCAUCCUCAAAUACAACUAAUCCAAUUGCGCGACGUCGUUUCGUUGAAUCAGCUAAGGAUGUAGCCAAUUCUACUGCGGAACUUGUUCGAACAAUUAAAAUAUUGGAUAAUUCUUAUACGCAAGAAAGCCAUCGACAAUGCAUUGAAGCAAGUCGCCCAUUGCUUCAAAAUAUCGAUGAAUUAUACACAUAUGCUAUGUCAAAAGAAUUUGCAAGUGUGCCCGCAGCGAUUAGUGCGACGGGACGGCAAUUGCAAGAGCCUGUUCUUUCAGCAGCUCGAAAUGUUGUCGACGGAGCAUGUCGUAUUGUUGAAUGUUCAAAAAAUCUUAUUGUCAAUUCAAAAGAGCCAACCCAAUGGCAACAACUUGCUAUGCACACAAAAGGUGUUUCUGACUCAAUUAAACGCUUAGCCACUGCUGUCAAGGAGAUGGCACCUGGACAAAGAGAAUGUGAUAGAGCUAUCGGAGAACUUCGAAAAUUGUUUCAAGAAGUCGAUAAAUCUAUAACAAACAUAGAUUCAUUACGUAAAACAGACAAAUCUCUUCAGUUUCAUCAAGAACAAAUUUCAUCGACAUCUCACUUUAUUACCGAGUUGGUCAUUGAUAUUCGUCAGUCAUCGAAACGGGAUGCCGAACGAAUCGGUUCUUACGUGACACAAUUCGUCACAUACAUCGAACCAUUUGUUCAUCAUACUAUCGAUUACGUUUCCUGUAUGACUCACGCGCGUGAAAAAUGUCUUAUUCUAGAACAAGUCAAGAACAUUGUUGAAACGAGUUUACAACUACUAAUGGGUACAAAAGAAUCAGGUGGAAAUAUUAAAAACACUCAAUGGCAUAAAGUUGUCGAUGAUAGUGGCGAUCUGUUAACGCGAUCUAUUCAUAUCCUGGUUCAUACAUUAGAAGAUCAAUCAUCAGCGAUUGGUAUCAUGAGCGGCCUAAGUGAAAAUAUUCGUAAGUUGGUCUCAACGUUAGAUACAACAAUGUUAACAAAUCAAGGUCACUUUGUUGAUUAUCAAACCGGUAUGGUGGAAAUUCUACGACAAAUGGCACGAACAACACAGGAAAUUUUGACACAAAAAAAUAAUACGGAUCACAUUCGUCUCUUAGCGAACCAGUUAACACGAGAAUACAAUGAGUUGAUCAACGCAACUUACGGUGCAAUUGGAACAGCGUCAACAAACGAUUUAGCAACACGAAUUAAAAGUGUUGUCGCCGAUUUAGGUUUUGCGUGUGUAGAAUUGAUCGAAAAAUUGGGUCUAUAUCAACAGAAUAACCAUGAUCAAAACUUGAAGCAAGAUUUAGAAAUCCUAUGCCAAAAAGUCAUCGAAAAAAUUUCAUAUGUGCUUGCUGCUUUACAAGCAAGUGCACGCGGGACACAAGCGUGUAUCAAUGCUGCAAGUACUGUUAGUGGGAUAAUUGCUGAUCUAGAUACGACAAUUCUAUUUGCAACGGCCGGUACAUUAAAUGCUGAGAAGGAUGAUGAAACAUUUGCUGAUCAUCGUGAAGCGAUAUUAAAGACAGCGAAAGCACUCGUUGAAGAUACGAAAACGUUAGUAGCUGGUGCAGCAUCGUCACAAGAACAAUUAGCAUCUGCAGCUCAAGCAGCUGUGCGAACAAUAACUAAGCUUGCAGAAGUCGUCAAACUAGGCGCAGCGUCAUUGGGUGCCGAUGAUGGUGAAGCUCAAGUUAUGCUUAUUAACAGUGUAAAAGACGUCGCUUUGGCAUUGAAUAAUUUAAUCAAUGUCACUAAGACAGCCAGCGGCAAACAAAUUGAUGAUCCCGAAAUGCAAAAACUGAAAGAAAGUGCAAAAGUUAUGGUGACUAAUGUAACGUCAUUACUACGAACAGUGAAAUCUGUUGAAGAUGAAGCUCAACGUGGUACUAAUGCGCUUGAAGCAACGAUCGAAUCGAUUGCACAAGAACUUCGAUUGUUCAGUAACGGUCAAAUACCAACAAAUCACACAACGCCAGAGGAACUAAUUCGCGUUACUAAACAAAUUACAAUAGCAACAGCUAAAGCAGUAGCUGCUGGUCAAUCUUGCCGACAGGAAGAUAUCAUAGCUGCUGCUAAUUUAGGUCGUAAAUGUGCCUCAGACUUUUUAUUUAUCUGUAAAUCAAGUGCCUAUAUCAACGCUGAUCAAGCCUUACAACAACGUACAUUAGAGAGUGGACGAGCAUGUAUCAAAUCGUAUAAAGAGUUAUUGGAGACUAUACAUAUUUUAAUACAAAAACCAUCGAAUGAAACAAAACAGAAAUUAUUGAAUUACUCACGAAUGAUUGCACAAUCAACACAGGAACUUGUACAAUGUGCUAAGCAAUUAAAAGGCGCUGAUCUGAUUGAUCCAGAUGAUCCAACGUACAUUGCUGAAAACGAAUUAUUCAACGCCGCUCAGUCAAUUGAAUCAGCAGCGAAAAAACUAUCGGUUCUUAAACCACGUCGAAAACCUAAAGAAAUCGAUGAUAAUUUAAAUUUUGAUGAGCAAAUUUUGGAAGCAGCGAAAUCGAUUAUGAAUGCAGCUGGUGCAUUGAUUAGUGCAGCAACGUCUGCACAGCAAGAAAUCGUGUCGAAAGUUAAAACACGCACGAAUCCGUUUUUGCCUAAAAACGUUUUCACAGCAUCCACUAUCAAUAAAGGCACAUCGUCUGCACAGCUUGGAUCCAAGUCAGGUAACGAGGAAGAUGGUCAAUGGUCACAAGGUCUAAUAUCAGCUGCACGUUACGUUGCAUCGGCAUGUCAUGUUCUAUGCGAUGCUGCUAAUGGACUUGUUCAAGGUUAUGGUACUGAAGAGAAGUUAAUAUCAAGUGCCAAACAGGUUAGCUCCAAUACUGCUGCAUUACUUGUAGCAUGCAAAGUCAAAGCUGACUUUAUGAGUCAAUCCAUGGCACGUUUACAAACAGCUGGCAAUGCAGUAAAACGUGCUGCUGAUGCUCUCGUGCGCUCUGCUCAACAUGCUGUUGAAAUGCAACAAGAGGACCGAUAUUUUGAAGUAUCCUUGCGCGUCGUGCCAGGCAUCGCUCAAGAAAUCAAAUGUAAAGAGGCAAUCUUAACAAAAGAACGAGAAUUGGAUGAAGCACGAAAUCGUCUGAAAGCAGUACGUUUAGCAAAAUACGGUCAUAAUGAACAUGAUUCCUACGAAAGUACAUAA